AUGUCUUCGGACUCUGAGAUGGCCAUCUUCGGCGAAGCCGCCCCUUACCUGCGCAAGUCAGAAAAGGAGAGAAUAGAGGCUCAAAACAAACCCUUUGAUGCGAAGACAUCAGUCUUUGUGGUGGAUCCUAAGCUUUCCUUUGUGAAAGGUGUUGUUCAGAGCAAAGAAGCUGGGAAGGUCACAGUCAAGAAAGAAGGUGGAGAAACAGUGACUGUGAAGGAUGACCAAAUUUUUCCGAUGAACCCUCCCAAAUUCGAUAAGAUUGAAGACAUGGCCAUGAUGACCCAUCUCCACGAGCCUGCUGUCCUAUAUAACCUCAAAGAGCGUUAUGCAGCCUGGAUGAUCUAUACAUACUCAGGUCUCUUUUGUGUCACUGUCAACCCCUACAAAUGGCUGCCAGUGUACAACCCGGAGGUGGUGGUUGCCUAUAGGGGCAAAAAGCGCCAGGAGGCCCCUCCCCACAUCUUCUCCAUCUCUGACAAUGCCUAUCAGUUCAUGCUGACUGAUCGUGAGAAUCAGUCAAUCCUGAUCACUGGAGAAUCUGGUGCUGGAAAGACUGUGAACACGAAACGUGUCAUUCAGUACUUUGCAACAAUUGCUGCUGCUUCUGAUAAGAAGAAGGAAGAACCCCAACAAACUGGAAAGCUGCAGGUGAGUGGCCUACUGGGCACCCUUGAGGAUCAAAUCAUCAGUGCCAACCCCUUGCUGGAAGCCUUUGGGAAUGCCAAGACUGUGAGGAAUGACAACUCCUCUCGUUUUGGUAAAUUCAUCAGAAUCCACUUUGGUGCUACAGGCAAACUGGCUUCUGCUGACAUUGAGACAUAUCUGCUGGAGAAAUCCAGGGUUACUUUCCAGCUGAAAGCUGAAAGGAGCUACCACAUCUUUUAUCAGAUCAUGUCCAACAAGAAGCCAGAGCUGAUUGAGAUGCUUCUGAUUACUACCAACCCAUAUGACUAUCACUUUGUGAGUCAGGGUGAGAUCUCUGUUGCCAGCAUUAAUGACCAAGAAGAGCUGAUGGCAACUGAUGAAGCCAUUGACAUCCUGGGCUUCACUCCUGAAGAGAAGACUGCCAUUUACAAGCUGACAGGUGCUGUGAUGCACUAUGGGAACAUGAAGUUCAAGCAGAAGCAGCGUGAGGAGCAGGCUGAGCCAGAUGGCACCGAAGUGGCUGACAAGGCUGCCUACCUCAUGAACCUCAAUUCAGCAGAUUUGCUGAAAGCUCUGUGCUACCCCCGAGUCAAGGUCGGCAACGAGUACGUCACCAAAGGCCAAACUGUCCAGCAGGUGUACAACAAUGUGGGUGCUCUUGGAAAGGCUGUCUAUGAGAAGAUGUUCUUGUGGAUGGUUGUCCGUAUUAACCAGCAACUGGAUACCAAGCAAGCCAGACAGUACUUCAUCGGUGUGCUGGAUAUUGCUGGCUUUGAGAUUUUUGAUUUCAACAGCUUGGAGCAGCUCUGCAUCAACUUCACCAAUGAGAAACUGCAACAGUUUUUCAACCACCACAUGUUCGUGCUGGAGCAGGAGGAGUACAAGAAGGAGGGAAUUGAAUGGGAGUUCAUUGACUUUGGAAUGGACCUGGCUGCCUGCAUUGAACUUAUUGAGAAGCCCAUGGGCAUUUUCUCCAUCCUAGAAGAAGAAUGCAUGUUCCCCAAGGCAACUGAUCAGUCUUUCAAGAACAAGCUCUAUGACCAGCACCUUGGCAAAUCCGCCAACUUCCAGAAGCCCAAGCCUGUCAAAGGCAAGCCUGAGGCCCACUUUGCUCUGGUACACUAUGCUGGCACUGUGGACUACAACAUCGGUGGCUGGCUGGAGAAGAACAAGGACCCCUUGAAUGAUACUGUGGUGGGUCUCUAUCAGAAAUCAUCCAUGAAGACUCUAGCUCUCCUGUUUGCUGACCGCCCUGCAGAUGCUGAGGGUGGUGGUUCCAAGAAAGGUGGCAAGAAGAAGGGUUCCUCUUUCCAGACUGUGUCUGCUCUUUUCAGGGAGAACUUAAACAAACUGAUGAGCAACCUGAGAAGCACUCACCCCCACUUUGUGCGUUGCAUCAUUCCCAAUGAAACAAAAACACCUGGUGCCAUGGAACAUGAGCUCGUACUGCACCAGCUGAGGUGUAAUGGUGUCCUGGAAGGCAUCCGUAUUUGCAGAAAGGGAUUCCCCAGUAGGAUCAUCUAUGGUGAUUUCAAACAGAGAUACAAGGUUUUAAAUGCCAGUGCCAUCCCAGAGGGUCAGUUCAUUGACAGUAAGAAGGCUUCUGAGAAGCUUCUUGGAUCCAUUGAUAUUGACCACACCCAGUAUAAAUUUGGGCAUACCAAGGUAUUCUUCAAAGCUGGUCUUUUGGGUCUUCUAGAGGAAAUGAGAGAUGAUAAAUUGGCUCACCUAAUAACACGUACACAAGCCAUGUGUCGUGGGUUCUUAGCAAGAGUUGAAUACCAGAAGAUGUUGGCAAGGAGAGAGGCCAUCUUUACUAUUCAGUACAAUGUCCGUUCAUUCAUGAAUGUCAAACAUUGGCCAUGGAUGAAACUGUUCUUCAAGAUCAAGCCUCUGCUAAAGAGUGCUGAGUCAGAGAAGGAGAUGGCCACCAUGAAAGAAGAGUUUGCAAAAACAAAGGAAGAGCUUGCCAAGGCAGAGGCCAAGAUAAAGGAACUUGAAGAAAAAAUGGUGUCUCUGACACAAGAGAAGAAUGAUUUGCAGCUCCAAGUCCAGUCUGAAGCUGAUGGCUUGGCAGAUGCUGAGGAGAGAUGUGACCAGCUGAUCAAAACCAAAACCAUGUCGUCAGACGCUGAGAUGGCCAUCUUUGGUGCAGCGGCCCCUUUUCUCCGAAAGUCAGAGAAGGAGAGAAUUGAGGCACAAAAUAAGCCCUUUGAUGCUAAGACCUCUGUCUUUGUGGUGGAUCCCAAGUUGUCUUAUGUCAAAGGCACUGUUCAGAGCAGGGAAGGAGGGAAAGUCACAGUCAAGACUGAAAGUGGAGAAACUGUGACAGUUAAGGAAGAUCAAGUCUUUGCAAUGAACCCUCCCAAAUUCGAUAAAAUUGAGGACAUGGCCAUGAUGACCCAUCUCCAUGAACCUGGUGUCCUGUAUAACCUCAAAGAGCGUUAUGCAGCCUGGAUGAUCUACACCUACUCAGGUCUCUUCUGUGUCACUGUGAACCCAUACAAGUGGCUGCCAGUGUACAACCCGGAGGUGGUAACAGCCUACAGGGGCAAAAAGCGCCAGGAGGCCCCUCCCCACAUCUUCUCCAUCUCUGACAACGCCUAUCAGUUCAUGCUGACUGAUCGUGAGAAUCAGUCUAUUCUGAUCACUGGAGAAUCUGGUGCAGGAAAGACUGUGAACACGAAACGUGUCAUCCAGUACUUUGCAACAAUUGCUGCUGCUUCUGAUAAGAAGAAGGAAGAGCCAGCCCAACAAGGCAAGAUGCAGGGCACCCUUGAGGAUCAAAUCAUCAGUGCCAACCCCUUGCUGGAGGCUUUUGGAAAUGCCAAGACUGUGAGGAAUGACAACUCUUCACGUUUUGGCAAAUUCAUCAGAAUCCAUUUUGGUGCCACGGGCAAACUGGCUUCUGCAGACAUUGAGACAUAUCUGCUGGAGAAAUCCAGGGUUACUUUCCAGCUGAAAGCUGAAAGGAGCUACCACAUCUUUUAUCAGAUCAUGUCCAACAAGAAGCCAGAGCUGAUUGAGAUGCUUCUGAUUACUACCAACCCAUAUGACUAUCACUAUGUGAGUCAGGGUGAGAUCUCUGUUGCCAGCAUUAACGACCAAGAAGAGCUGAUGGCAACUGAUGAAGCCAUUGACAUCCUGGGCUUCACUGCUGAAGAGAAGACUGCCAUUUACAAGCUGACAGGUGCUGUGAUGCACUAUGGGAACAUGAAGUUCAAGCAGAAGCAGCGUGAGGAACAGGCUGAGCCAGAUGGCACCGAAGUUGCUGACAAGGCUGCCUACCUCAUGAACCUCAAUUCAGCAGAUUUGCUGAAAGCUCUGUGCUACCCCCGAGUCAAGGUUGGCAAUGAGUUCGUCACCAAAGGCCAAACUGUCCAGCAGGUGUAUAACAAUGUUGGAGCUUUGGCUAAAGCUGUCUUUGAGAAGAUGUUCUUGUGGAUGGUUAUACGUAUUAACCAGCAACUGGAUACAAAGCAGUCAAGACAGUACUUCAUCGGUGUGCUGGACAUUGCCGGUUUUGAGAUCUUUGAUUUCAACAGCUUGGAGCAGCUCUGCAUCAACUUCACUAAUGAGAAACUGCAACAAUUUUUCAACCACCACAUGUUCGUACUGGAGCAGGAGGAGUACAAGAAGGAGGGAAUUGAAUGGGAGUUCAUUGACUUUGGGAUGGACCUGGCUGCCUGCAUUGAACUCAUUGAGAAGCCCAUGGGCAUUUUCUCCAUCCUGGAAGAAGAGUGCAUGUUCCCCAAGGCAACGGACACUUCUUUCAAGAACAAGCUCUAUGACCAGCACCUUGGCAAGAGCAACAACUUCCAGAAGCCCAAGCCUGCAAAAGGCAAGGCUGAGGCCCACUUUGCUCUGGUGCACUAUGCUGGCACUGUGGACUACAACAUCUCUGGCUGGCUGGACAAGAACAAGGACCCCUUGAAUGAUACUGUUGUAGGGCUGUAUCAGAAGUCUUCAAUGAAAACCUUGGCCUUACUGUUUGCUGAUCGUCCUGCAGAAGGUAACUCCUAGGGUGGUCCCAAGAAAGGUGGAAAGAAGAAGGGUUCCUCUUUCCAGACUGUGUCUGCUCUCUUUAGGGAGAAUUUAAACAAGCUGAUGUCCAAUCUGAGGAGCACACACCCACAUUUUGUGCGCUGCAUCAUCCCCAAUGAAACUAAAACCCCUGGUGCCAUGGAACAUGAGCUAGUAUUGCACCAGCUGAGGUGUAACGGUGUCCUGGAAGGUAUCCGUAUUUGCAGGAAAGGAUUCCCCAGCAGGAUUAUUUAUGGUGAUUUCAAGCAGAGAUACAGAGUAUUAAAUGCCAGUGCCAUCCCAGAGGGACAGUUCAUUGACAGCAAGAAGGCUUCUGAGAAGCUUCUUGGAUCCAUUGAUGUUGACCACACCCAGUAUAAAUUUGGCCACACCAAGGUGUUCUUCAAAGCUGGUCUUUUGGGACUUCUAGAGGAAAUGAGAGACGACAAGUUGGCCCAGCUGAUUACACGCACUCAGGCUAUGUGUCGUGGGUUCUUGGCAAGGGUGGAAUUCAAGAAAAUGAUGGAGCGGAGAGAGUCCAUCUUUACUAUUCAGUACAAUAUCCGUUCAUUCAUGAAUGUGAAGACCUGGCCUUGGAUGAAGUUGUACUUCAAGAUCAAGCCCCUGCUAAAGAGUGCUGAGUCAGAGAAGGAGAUGGCCACCAUGAAAGAAGAGUUUGAGAAGACAAAAGAAGAGCUGGCUAAGACAGAGGCCAAACUCAAGGAACUUGAAGAAAAAAUGGUGACUCUGACACAAGAGAAGAAUGAUUUGCAGCUCCAAGUCCAGUCUGAAGCUGAUGGCUUGGCAGAUGCUGAGGAGAGAUGCGACCAGAUGAAGAAGAACCUGGACCAGACUGUCAAGGAUCUGCAGCACCGUCUGGAUGAGGCAGAGCAGCUGGCACUGAAAGGAGGGAAAAAGCAGCUCCAGAAACUGGAACACAGGGUGCGUGAGUUGGAAGCUGAAGUUGACAAUGAACAGAAGCGCAGUGCUGACGCUAUCAAGGGUGUUCGUAAAUAUGAAAGGCGGGUAAAGGAACUGACCUACCAGUCUGAGGAAGACCGGAAGAACGUGCUGAGGCUUCAGGACCUGGUGGACAAACUGCAAGUGAAAGUGAAAGCAUACAAGCGACAAUCUGAGGAGGCUGAGGAGCAAUCCAAUGUGAAUCUUUCCAAGUUCCGCAAGAUUCAGCAUGAGCUGGAAGAGGCCGAGGAGCGGGCUGACAUUGCUGAGUCCCAGGUUAACAAACUCAGGGUGAAGACUCGGGAAGUGCAUAAGAAGGUUGUAAUCAUGUCUUCGGACGCUGAGAUGGCAGCUUUUGGGGAAGCUGCUCCUUAUCUCCGAAAGUCAGAGAAGGAGAGAAUUGAAGCACAGAAUAAACCCUUUGAUGCUAAGAAUUCUGUCUUUGUGGUGGAUCCCAAGAUCUCUUAUGUCAAAGGCACUGUUCAGAGCAGGGAAGGAGGGAAAGUCACAGUCAAGACUGAAAGUGGAGAAACUGUGACUGUUAAAGAAGACCAAGUCUUUUCCAUGAAUCCUCCCAAAUAUGACAAAAUUGAGGACAUGGCCAUGAUGACCCAUCUCCACGAACCUGCUGUCCUGUAUAACCUCAAAGAGCGUUAUGCAGCCUGGAUGAUCUAUACCUACUCGGGUCUCUUCUGUGUCACUGUGAACCCCUACAAGUGGCUGCCAGUGUACAACCCAGAGGUGGUAACAGCCUACAGGGGCAAAAAGCGCCAGGAGGCCCCUCCCCACAUCUUCUCCAUCUCUGACAAUGCCUAUCAGUUCAUGCUGACUGAUCGUGAGAACCAGUCAAUUCUGAUCACCGGAGAAUCUGGUGCUGGAAAGACUGUGAACACGAAACGUGUCAUCCAGUACUUUGCAACAAUCGCAGCUACAGCUGAUAAGAAAAAGGACGAGCCAGUCCAACAAGGCAAGAUUCAGGGCACCCUCGAGGAUCAAAUCAUCAGUGCCAACCCCUUGCUGGAGGCUUUUGGAAAUGCCAAGACUGUGAGGAAUGACAAUUCUUCACGUUUUGGUAAAUUCAUCAGAAUCCAUUUUGGUGCCACAGGCAAACUGGCUUCUGCAGACAUUGAAACAUAUCUCCUGGAGAAGUCCAGAGUAACUUUCCAGCUGAAAGCUGAAAGAAGUUACCACAUCUUUUAUCAGAUUAUGUCCAACAAGAAGCCCGAACUGAUUGAAAUGCUUCUGAUUACCACCAACCCUUAUGACUACCAUUAUGUCAGUCAAGGGGAAAUCACUGUUCCCAGCAUAGAUGAUCAGGAAGAGCUGAUGGCUACAGAUAGUGCCAUUGACAUCCUGGGCUUCAAUGCUGACGAAAAGACCGCCAUUUACAAGCUGACUGGUGCUGUGAUGCACUAUGGGAACAUGAAGUUCAAGCAGAAGCAGCGUGAGGAGCAGGCUGAGCCAGAUGGCACCGAAGUUGCUGACAAGGCUGCCUACCUCAUGAACCUCAAUUCAGCAGAUUUGCUGAAAGCUCUGUGCUACCCCCGAGUCAAGGUCGGCAACGAGUACGUCACCAAAGGCCAAACUGUCCAGCAGGUGUACAAUAACGUUGGUGCUCUGGCCAAGGCUGUCUUUGAAAAGAUGUUCUUGUGGAUGGUCAUUCGUAUCAACCAGCAGCUGGAUACCAAGCAGCCCAGGCAGCACUUCAUAGGAGUGUUGGACAUUGCUGGCUUCGAGAUCUUUGAUUUCAACAGCUUGGAGCAGCUUUGCAUCAACUUCACCAAUGAGAAACUGCAACAGUUUUUCAACCACCACAUGUUCGUGCUGGAGCAGGAGGAGUACAAGAAGGAGGGAAUUGAAUGGGAGUUCAUUGACUUUGGGAUGGACCUGGCUGCCUGCAUUGAACUCAUUGAGAAGCCCAUGGGCAUUUUCUCCAUCCUGGAAGAAGAAUGCAUGUUCCCCAAGGCAACAGACACUUCUUUCAGGAACAAGCUCUACGACCAGCACCUUGGCAAGUGCAAGAACUUUGAAAAGCCCAAGCCUGGCAAAGGGAAAGCAGAGGCCCACUUCUCCCUGGUGCACUAUGCUGGCACUGUGGACUACAACAUCUCUGGCUGGCUGGAGAAGAAUAAGGACCCCUUGAAUGAGACUGUCAUUCAGCUCUACCAGAAGUCGUCCAUGAAGACCCUUGCAUUGCUCUUUGCUGAUCUUAAGAACUUAAAUAGAUCCAAGUAAAUGGUUCCUUUAGAUUCAGAUUAUAUACAUGUUAAAUUGCAUCUAUUUAUUUAAUAUAUUCUCUCUCAUUUAGAGGGUGGUGGUGCCAAGAAAGGUGGCAAGAAGAAGGGUUCCUCUUUCCAGACUGUGUCUGCUCUUUUUAGGGAGAAUUUAAACAAGCUGAUGUCCAAUCUGAGGAGCACACACCCACAUUUUGUGCGCUGCCUCAUCCCCAAUGAAACUAAAACCCCUGGGGCCAUGGAACAUGAGCUUGUAUUGCACCAGCUGAGGUGCAAUGGUGUCCUGGAAGGUAUCCGAAUUUGCAGAAAGGGCUUCCCUAGCAGGAUCAUUUAUGGUGACUUCAAACAGAGAUACAGAGUAUUAAAUGCUAGUGCCAUCCCAGAGGGACAGUUCAUUGACAGCAAGAAGGCUUCUGAGAAGCUUCUUGGAUCCAUUGAUGUUGACCACACCCAGUAUAAAUUUGGCCACACCAAGGUGUUCUUCAAAGCUGGCCUUUUGGGACUUCUAGAGGAGAUGAGAGAUGAUAAGCUGGCUCAGCUGAUUACACGAACCCAAGCCAUGUGCCGUGGCUUCCUAAUGAGAGUGGAAUUCAAGAAAAUGAUGGAAAGGAGAGAGUCCAUUUUCACUAUUCAAUACAAUAUCCGUUCAUUCAUGAAUGUGAAGACCUGGUCUUGGAUGAAGUUGUACUUCAAGAUCAAGCCCCUGCUAAAGAGUGCUGAGUCAGAGAAGGAGAUGGCCACCAUGAAAGAAGAGUUUGAGAAGACAAAGGAAGAGCUGGCUAAGACAGAGGCCAAACUCAAGGAACUUGAAGAAAAAAUGGUGUCUCUGACACAAGAGAAGAAUGACUUGCAGCUCCAAGUCCAGUCUGAAGCUGAUGGCUUGGCAGAUGCUGAGGAGAGAUGCGACCAGCUGAUCAAAACCAAAAUCCAGCUGGAAGCUAAGAUUAAGGAGCUGACUGAACGGGCAGAGGAUGAAGAGGAAAUGAACGCUGAGCUGACAGCCAAGAAGCGGAAACUGGAGGAUGAAUGCUCAGAACUCAAGAAAGACAUCGACGAUCUUGAGUUAACACUGGCCAAGGUGGAGAAGGAGAAGCAUGCCACAGAAAACAAGGUGAAAAACCUCACUGAAGAGAUGGCCGUCUUGGAUGAGACCAUUGCCAAACUGACCAAGGAAAAGAAAGCCCUCCAAGAGGCCCAUCAGCAGACCUUGGAUGACCUGCAGGCAGAGGAGGACAAAGUGAAUACUCUGACCAAAGCCAAGACCAAGCUGGAGCAGCAAGUGGAUGAUCUUGAGGGCUCUCUGGAGCAAGAAAAAAAGAUCCGCAUGGACCUUGAAAGGGCCAAGAGGAAGCUUGAAGGAGAUCUGAAGUUGGCCCAGGAAUCCACAAUGGAUCUGGAAAAUGAUAAGCAGCAACUGGAUGAAAAACUAAAGAAGAAAGACUUUGAAAUCAGCCAGCUCCAGAGCAAAAUUGAAGAUGAGCAGGCCUUGGGCUCCCAGCUUCAGAAGAAGAUCAAGGAGUUACAGGCCCGUAUUGAGGAACUGGAGGAAGAGAUUGAGGCUGAGCGGGCAUCUCGGGCCAAAGCAGAGAAGCAGCGCGGAGAUCUCUCCAGGGAACUUGAGGAGAUCAGUGAGCGUCUGGAGGAAGCCGGUGGGGCAACAGCGGCUCAGAUCGAGAUGAACAAAAAACGUGAAGCGGAAUUCCAGAAAAUGCGCCGGGACCUUGAAGAGGCCACUCUGCAGCAUGAAGCGACCGCAGCUGCGCUCCGCAAGAAGCACGCGGACAGCGCGGCUGAACUUGGGGAACAAAUUGACAACCUGCAGCGAGUCAAGCAGAAGCUGGAGAAGGAGAAGAGUGAGCUGAAGAUGGAGAUUGAUGACCUCGCUAGCAACAUGGAAUCUGUCUCUAAAGCGAAGGCAAAUCUUGAGAAGAUAAGCCGCACUUUAGAAGACCAGCUCAGUGAGGUGAAAGCAAAGGAGGAAGAGCACAUACGCACUAUCAAUGACUUGAAUGCUCAAAGAGCUCGUCUGCAGACAGAAGCAGGUGAAUUAUCACGCCAAGUAGAGGAAAAAGAUGCAUUGAUUUCUCAACUCACAAGAGGCAAACAAGCCUUUACUCAGCAGAUUGAGGAACUGAAGAGGCAACUUGAGGAAGAGAUCAAGGCCAAGAAUGCACUGGCCCAUGGCUUGCAAUCUGCUCGCCAUGACUGUGACCUCCUUCGAGAACAAUAUGAAGAGGAGCAGGAAGCCAAGGGUGAGCUCCAGCGCGCCCUGUCCAAGGCCAACAGCGAAGUGGCUCAGUGGAGGACCAAAUAUGAGACUGAUGCCAUCCAGCGCACAGAAGAACUAGAAGAGGCCAAGAAAAAGCUUGCCCAGCGUCUGCAGGAUGCUGAAGAACAUGUAGAGGCUGUGAAUUCCAAGUGUGCUUCCCUUGAGAAGACAAAGCAGAGGUUGCAGAAUGAGGUGGAGGACCUGAUGAUAGAUGUGGAAAGGUCCAAUGCAGCCUGCGCAGCCCUAGAUAAGAAGCAGAAGAACUUUGAUAAGAUCCUGGCAGAGUGGAAACAAAAAUAUGAGGAAACACAGUCUGAAUUGGAAGCUUCCCAGAAGGAGUCCCGCUCUCUCAGCACAGAGCUCUUUAAGAUGAAGAAUGCCUAUGAGGAAUCCUUGGAUCACCUCGAAACGCUGAAGCGUGAGAACAAGAACCUCCAGCAGGAGAUUGGUGACCUCACAGAACAGAUUGCUGAAGGAGGAAAGGCCAUCCAUGAACUUGAGAAAGUGAAGAAGCAGAUUGAGCAGGAGAAAUCUGAACUCCAGGCUUCCCUUGAGGAGGCUGAGGCCUCACUGGAACAUGAAGAAGGCAAAAUCCUCCGCAUCCAACUUGAGCUCAACCAGGUGAAGGCUGACAUUGACAGGAGGAUUGCUGAGAAGGAUGAGGAAAUUGAUCAGCUGAAGAGGAAUCACCUGAGAGUGGUAGAGUCCAUGCAGAGCACGCUGGACGCUGAGAUCAGGAGCAGGAAUGAUGCCAUAAGGCUUAAGAAGAAGAUGGAGGGAGAUCUGAAUGAAAUGGAAAUCCAGCUGAGCCACGCCAACCGCCAAGCUGCUGAAGCACAGAAGAACCUCAGGAACACGCAAGGCCAGCUCAAGGAUACCCAAAUACAUUUGGAUGACGCUUUGAGGAGCCAGGAAGAUCUGAAGGAGCAGGUGGCCAUGAUUGAGCGCAGAGCCAACCUGAUGCAGGCUGAGAUUGAGGAGCUCCGGUCAGCCCUGGAGCAGACAGAGCGGGCCAGGAAAGUGGCUGAACAGGAGCUGCUGGAUGCCAGUGAGCGGGUGCAACUCCUCCACACACAGAACACCAGCUUGAUCAACACCAAGAAGAAGCUGGAAACAGACAUUUCCCAAAUCCAGAGUGAAAUGGAGGAGACUAUUCAAGAGGCACGCAAUGCGGAGGAGAAGGCCAAGAAGGCCAUCACUGAUGCUGCCAUGAUGGCAGAGGAACUGAAGAAGGAGCAGGACACCAGUGCUCACCUGGAGAGGAUGAAGAAGAACCUGGAGCAGACGGUGAAGGACCUACAGCACCGUCUGGAUGAGGCAGAGCAGCUGGCAAUGAAGGGUGGCAAGAAGCAGCUCCAGAAACUGGAGCAUAGGGUGCGUGAGCUGGAGGCUGAAGUUGAGAACGAGCAGAAGCGCAGUGCUGAUGCGGUGAAGGGUGUGCGCAAAUAUGAGAGGCGGGUAAAGGAGCUGACCUACCAGUCUGAGGAAGACCGGAAGAACGUGCUGAGGCUUCAGGACCUGGUGGACAAACUGCAAGUGAAAGUGAAAGCAUACAAGCGACAAUCUGAGGAAGCUGAGGAACAAUCCAAUAUCAACCUCUCCAAGUUCCGCAAGAUUCAGCAUGAGCUGGAAGAAGCUGAAGAAAGGGCUGACAUUGCAGAGUCACAGGUCAACAAAUUGCGGGUGAAAUCCCGUGAUGCUGGAAAGCAGGUCAAAAGUGAAGAAUAAACUUUCCUAUAUGCUUCAAGGUGACUGAAGAA